CGUUGGGAGGUCUGUCAGUGCGCGAGCGCGCGUUGCGGGAGGAAGGCGGAGCUCGCGCCGCGGAGCCUCCAUGAGCAGGCGCUGCCCACCUGCCUCCUCCGUCCUGAGGGGACUCGUCGGCUCCGCAUUCCUCUGCCUCGCGCGGACUAUGAGCCUGCGAGGAGCUCCGGCCAGCUGCUUGUCGGGGCCCUCAGGCGGCGGGAGCGCCGGAGGAAGCGGCGGCGGCGGCCGUAGUAGUAGUAUCGGCGGCGGCGGAGCCUCCUCCUCCUCGUCGCCUCGGCUGAACCUGCCGUGGCUGCGGCUCCCUGAGGUGCCGGGCGCCGAGCCCUUCCGAGCCAACGACGUGCUUCUGCUGCUGCCGCCGCCGCCCUCCGCCGCCGGCCCUUUGCCGGAGCCGCCUCAGCAUCAUGUCGUCUAUUUUCCCGGGGACGUGCAGGUAAGGCUGAGGGGAGGAAGGUACCCGGCGGCGGUGUAGGAAGAAGGGAGCCCAGCUGCCUUUCAGAGAGCCUGGGAGAAACGGAGCUUGCCUCUUGAGUAGACGUGGCUACUUAGGGUUUGGAAGGGGUCCCGAGGGUCAUCUAGUCCAACCCCGCCCCACCGCAAUGCAGGAAUCCUUUUGCCCAAGGUAGGACUCGAACCCGCGACCCUCGAGUUAAGAGCUUCAGGCUGUACCGAAAGAGCGAGUGGCGUGUUAUUUCCUGAGGGAUUCCGAAGCUGCGGACUGAUGGAGACGAACCUCUCCUGCCACCUCUUCCGGUUGGAUACCCAAGCAGAGGUGAUUUUCUGGAAGAAGCCAUAGCCUCUGUUUAGGCCCUAAAUUUUUUCAGAAUUUAAUAUUUCUUGCUCAUGAUGCUGGUUUUUCCAGCUUCUGAUGGAGCGCCUGUGAAGGUUAAAUCCUUUCGACCAGGGACUCUCUGGCGUUUUUGCUCCCCAUGUUAAGAUGUGCAUCUCUCCUGCAUAGUUCCGUUUGCGAGUGCAGACUGCUUGUAGACGUAUUAUGCAAGAGAUCGCACACAGAAUAUUAAUAGAAAUGCACAGGUGUAAGCACCAAGGAGAUGGUUGGUGGUGCCCAGUGUAGAGGGAAAACUGGCACUUGGAACUUUCUUCCCUUGGUGCCCUUCACCAUGGGCAUAGCGGGGGGGGGGCAGCAGGCCCCCCUGAAUCAAGUAAAUAAAUAAAAAUACUUAACUAAAAGUAGGAAGAUUUUGACACGUUUUAAAAGCACUGGAUACCAGUAGUGACAAUGUAGAAGUUUGCAAGGAUUCUUCAUCAUCAUUGGAUGAAAAUUGAGAGUGACUAUUGCCUUGGUUGCUGGGGCAGGGGGUGGGUGACAGGUUGGGAGGAGCUAGAGAAAAUGCCAUGAUUACUUGAGAAACUGUACAUGUUUGCUUGCAGGGAAGGUGUUCCAAUGUUCAGUCACUUUAAUAUGUCUUUUGAGAUGAGGCAGUCAGAGCUACAAAGUAUUCUAAAGGUGUUCACAACUUUAAAUUAUACAAUGGCAUAAUGAUACUUGAUUUGUUUUCAGUCUCUUUCCUAAUUAUUCCAAACAUUUUAAUUCUCUUUGUUGAGAUUCACAUACUCCACUUUAUGCUGUUUUCUAAUUUCAUUUUCAAGUGCAUGCCAUAUUAAAAUUUUGUUAGUUGCCAAGAAUAACCUUUCCCAGCAACCUACUUGUACAAUUAUAAUUUAAGUGAUUAAUUGUGCAUGUUGUGUUCCAAAUAGUAAGGCUCUUUAUAUGUUGUUUUAUUUCAGAACUAUCAUGAAAUUAUGGUUUGCCAUCCAGAAAAUUUCCAGUGGGAACAAUGGUGCUUAGAAAACGUUGCUUCUAUUCUGGGUCGCCGUUUCCCUCAGAGUUACAUUUGGGUUAUAAAAUGUUCCCGUAUGCAUUUGCACAAAUUCAGCUGCUAUGACAAUUUUGUGGCAAGCAAUAUGUUUGGUGCACCUGAACACAGCACUGAUUUUGGAGCCUUCAAACAUCUUCAUGCAUUACUAGUUAAUGCGUUUAAACUUGCUCAAAAUGUUCUUCUGUCUCAGAAAAGCCUGUAUAAUUUCAGCAAGGAUGCAAAGGCCAUUGCUUGUCAAUCACCUACUGUUGCUACUACUAAUGGAUGCUCCGCAACGGAAAGGGGAAGAGAUUGUGAAUAUUUCAACAGCUCUGCCAUGAACCUCAUUGAGCCUUCUGUGAUUGGUGAAGCGUCAUUCACUUUAAUAGGGUUCAGUAAAGGUUGUGUUGUCUUGAAUCAAUUACUUCAUGAACUAAAGGAAGCUAAAAAGGAAAAGGACACAAAUGCCUUCAUAAAAAACAUAAGAGCAAUUUACUGGCUCGAUGGUGGCCAUUCUGGAGGAAGCAAUACUUGGGUGACCUACCCUGAUGUGCUGAAAGAUUUUUCAGAGACUGGGAUUUCAGUUAAUGCACAUGUUACACCAUACCAGGUAUUUGAUACAAUGAGGGCAUGGAUUGGAAAAGAGCAUAAGAGAUUUGUGCAAAUUCUGGAGGAGCUUGGUGUAAAUGUAAAUAGCCAGCUUCAUUUUGCUGAUGAAGCACCUUCCUUAGAUAACCACUUCAGAGUUCAUGAAGUAUUCUGACACAGUGAAUAUAUCAAAAUACUCUUGUUAACUGCAAAAAUACAUUUUAAACUUUGACUUGACAGUUUGAGAAUGUGGUUUCUCCUAAGUCCUGGAAAGGCUUAAUGCUGUGUGCCCUAAUACUUACUUUUUAAGACCUUCGGUGAAGCCAAUCUUGUCUUGCUUUUGCAAUUGAGGAGCAACAACAAAUUCCUGGCUUAAAGAAAUUAUUUUGUUCUGGUUGAAACGAUAAGAUUCCUGAGGAAAAGCCACACCAGUUCAUCUGACUAAUUUUCUGAACAUCAGUUGGAACUAAUGUUUGCUUUACAAGUGUGGAUUUUUGUGAGCAGAAUAUUCAGAUCCGGGCUCAAUAAUUUGCAUCCUAAAAUGUUUUGGAUGGCAUACAUUUAUGAGUGUUGAGUAUUUUUGAAUGAUUUGUCGCUUUUAUUAUUAAAACUAAAGAAUAAAAGCAACUAAUCAUUCAGAAAUACUCAACACUCAAUUCUAGAACUAAAGAACUAUGAGAUAACAUGGAUUAUGUUGCCAACAUUGGUAUCUAGCUCCUUGGCAUAGCCAUAGCACAAGCAAUGCAGUAAGCUGGUAAUGUUGACACGAACUGUGUCUAUGGCUAUGCCAAGAGGCUAAAUAUUCAUAACAACUAAGUAUAAAUGACACUUUGCAUGGGAAAUAAGGUGCAUAAUGACUAUACUGUUGCCUUAGAGGUGCUGUGCAACUUCUAACCAUUGCUGAACAUCUACUAGUGAAUAACCUUUUUAAGACUUAAGAGUAUUAAACAUCUAUUUUUGUUAAGUGACCAAGAAUGUAUUAUCUUGCUGCUGUUUCAACAUUCCCUAUUAAUACGAAAGCUUGAUUUAACUUAAUGCAUUUUUGAACUUUUAUACUGUGAGACUGUUAGGCAAUUGUGGCAAAUGCGUUUUGCUAAAAAUCAAACCACAGAUUCUUACAGAUUGAUAAUCUUACAGGUUAUGGUACAUCUUAGAAUAAUAUUAGUUGCACCAGUCUUUGGAAAAUUUCAGAUUAUACUAGGAAUUUUUCCAAAACCUGUAUCCUUAUCAACCUGUAAGAACCUGUAUGAUUGCCAUUUGAUAACCAUCCACAUGGUUAAGAAUUUACAGAGAGCUAUCGUUAAAGUGACUGCAGCAUCCAUAGUCUAUCUCUUACGAGUUCCUGUUACCAAAUGGCAAUCAUACAGAUGAGGGUUUUUUCUGUAGCCAGGAUACCAAUUUGCAUUACUGAAUGUUAGGUGCAGUUUUGCAGUCAGCACAUUCCAAUCAUAUGUUUCUGCAGCACUUUUGAUUUACUUAUGAGAAGUAAGCAAAGUUUUUGCACUUCCAUUUGUGGAGCUCACUUUACAAAAUAAUUGAAAGCCAUUCCUGUUGGGGUGGCUUAACCAUCUGUAUAGUGACCAAAAUAUGUAGAUUUUAGCAGUGACAGUUCUAGUAUCAAUUUGAAAGCUGAUGUUGACCAGAAUAGUGGAAUAAGACUAACUUCCAUAGUAUGAACAUGUUAAGUUGGUUUUCUGUGCCAAUAAAUAUUUUUUUUUCAAUGUGGCAUACAGGAAACUACUGUUGGCCUUUGAAAGCUGCUUUUAUGAAUAAGCAAUUCAUUUUCCCUACAUUAAGUGUUGAUAUAUUUUGAAAUGGUUCUCUUACCAGUUUAGCAACUGGCAACCACUUUUUCACUCUUCAAAUUAUUUUCAGUUUCAAUUAAGAAUGUUCAUAUCGAGUCACCAUUCUUAAUUAAAACUGAAAAUAAUUUGAAGAGUGAAAAAGUGGUUGCUAGUUGUUCCAGUCAGUACUUAAGCUGUUCUGAUUGUUGGACAUCUAUUUUACAGUGUUUUUAAAAAGGCCGCCAUGUCGGAAUGAGACCGACAGCUUUCUAUAACCAAGAUGAAAGAUUUCUAGUGUUUAAGGAAGAAUAUAUUAAAUCAUGUUCUGACCUUGAAACAUCAUCCCCUUGGGCAAAAAGCAAAUGAGUAGAAUCCUGUGCUGCUGCUCCACUUAAUGGGAUGUCUUUUAAUCCAGUGGAGGUGUCGACUAAUAUGAAAGGAGGUGGUAUUCUCCUUUUUCCCCCCUUACAUCCCACUGCGUCCCUCAGUCAGUUCCAGAGAGUUGGGGGAUCCUCCAGAACAUCAUAGAACACAAUGUGGGGGAUUACAGAGGAAAGAGGGAGAAAAUUGCCUCUCCAUGUCUUACGCUAGCAGAUGCCUCUCCUGUGUCAGAAGCUGUUACAUAAUCAUAGUGGAAGCAUUGGAUUUCAUUCAGUGACUAUAAUGCUUGCCUGUUUUACAGUCAUUAAGAGUAUUGUUACCCAUUCAUGUGAUAGAAUGCUGUUUUCUCUAAAUUGCUGCUGUUGACAAAAGGAGCUCACUGAAUAAUUUCUCCAGUGUUCCAAGAGGUUCCCCCCACCUCCUGCACAGAGCGUUGUUUCUCUAAUAGUAGUGCUUUCAUUAGUGUUCCAUGCUUCAUCAGAUAAAUCCACAGCUCUUGACUAGUUGCUCUCUUUUAAGUACUCCCAUUUGACGGCAGUAGGUUGAGCAAAUAGCAGCAAAAAAAGAUUGCACUAGUUUAAAGCUGCUUGCUUUAAACUAGCCAGUCCCCUUCAAACACUCUGUAGGUUUUGGUCUAGAAAUGUGAAUGUUACCUUCUCAUAUACUAAGUAUGUCUAUACAGGAGACUUAGUCAUCUACCAAGGCAAGGUGGACUAAUUAAGUUUGGCUUUAAGAAACAACCAGGCAAAUUUAAAGUACCGUAUUUUUUGCUCUAUAGGACGCAUAGGAGGGGGAGAACAGGGGGAUUAUUUUUUUCUUGUUCUGCCCCUCUAAAACAACGUGCGUUCAAGAGCAGGUCGAGGAACAGCGCAAAGGCUGCGCGCAGCCUUGCUGCUGCCCCCCGAGCUUGUGGGGCUGGCGGUGGGGGGAAGCGCUGCUUCCCUGAAGCCUUUGGGUCCCUGAAGCCUUUGGAGCGCAGGUGCACUCCAAAGGCUUGAGGCUUCAGGGACAGCCUUUCAAGCCUCCUCUGCGGAGGCUUUGCGCAGCCAUCCCCAAGCUAGAACAGCUUCGGGCUGCAGGCUGCUAUCCGCAAGCCUUGGGAGCCUGGCGGGAACUCCCACCGCACUCCGAAGGCUUGCAGAUAGCUUCCUGAAGCCUGGAGAGCGAGAGGGGUCGGUGCGCACCGACCCCUCUCACCAGGCUUCAGCGAAAGCCUGCAUUCGCUCCAUAGGACGCACACACAUUUCCCC